GCUAUGGUCGACUGGCCUAAGCCCACUAGCCUCACACAGUUGAGAGGAUUUUUGGGGCUUACAGGGUACUACCGAAAGUUUGUAAAGGAUUAUGGAACCAUCGCCAAACCGUUGACAGCAAUGACUAAGAAAGGCGGAUUCACAUGGACCGAAGCUAGCGAGAAGGCGUUUGGAAAAUUAAAGGAAGCCAUGAAAACAACGCCAGUACUCGCCAUGCCCAGAUUUGAU